AUGGCUACCUUCACCGAUCGUUUCACCAAGGGUUCCUACCCCAUCCACUCGGUCCUCGAGCCUCUUAAGCCCGCUCCUCAGGGUGCUGACCUCUACUCGCGCUUCUUCCUUGCUGGUGCUCUUUGCUGCUCCCUCACCCACGGAGCGGUCACCCCGAUCGAUGUGGUCAAGACGCGUAUCCAACUCGAACCCACCGUCUACAACAAAGGUAUGAUUGGUGGAUUCCGUCAAGUGGUUGCCAAAGAAGGAGCCGGAGCUCUCCUCACCGGUCUUGGCCCUACCGUUCUGGGAUACUUCCUUCAAGGAGGAUUCAAGUUCGGAGGAUACGAACUUUUCAAAAAGGUCCUCGUCUCUCAGAUGGAACCUGAAACAGCCGUCAAGAACCGAAUGGCCAUUUACCUUGGAGCUUCCGCCAUUGCUGAAUUCUUUGCCGAUAUCGCUCUCUGCCCUCUCGAGGCUACGCGAAUCCGUCUGGUAUCCCAACCUACCUUUGCUAAUGGUCUUGCUCCUGCUUUCUUGAAGAUUGCCAAGGAGGAGGGUCUUGGUGGAUUCUACGCCGGUUUCGGUCCGAUUCUUUUCAAGCAGAUUCCUUACAACAUGGCCAAGUUUGCCACGAUGGAAGUGGUGCUGGAGAAGGCGAUUCUGGCUUAUGGAAAGCCCAAGUCAGAGUUGAGCGGUGGCGAGGCUACAAUGCUCAACCUCGGUUCGGGUUUGAUUGCCGGUUUUGCAGCUGCUACCAUUUCGCAGCCUGCUGAUACUUUGUUGAGCAAGAUCAACAAGCAGAAGGCCGCUCCCGGUGAGACGAUUGCCGGUAGGAUCACCAAGAUGGCAGGCGAGUUGGGUGUUAGGGGUUUGUUCGGUGGUUUGACUACUAGGUUGGUUAUGGUUGGUAGUAUUACCGCUGGUCAGUUUGCCAUCUAUGGUCAGUUGAAGAGUGCUCUUGGUGCUACUAACACUGUCGAGAUCUCGAAGGCCUAA